CUCCAAGCAAUCCAUCACAACCACUUGCAAGUGUUCCUAGUGAGUUGUUUCUGAGAAGCCAUGGCGUCCAAAGCCUCAGCUUCGCUUGGCCUCUUUUUUGCCCUCAACCUCCUCUUCUUCGCACUCACCAGUGCCUGCGGCACCACCUGCCCCACGCCCACCCCGAAGCCGUCCUACGGUAAAUGCCCCAUCGACACCCUGAAACUGGCCGCCUGCGCCAACGUGCUCAACGGCCUCAUCACCAUCGGCAUCGGCAAGUUCCCCAAGCAGCCAUGCGAGUGCUGUACUCUCAUCGGCGGCCUCCUCGACCUCGAGGCCGCCGUCUGCCUUUGCACCGCCCUCAAGGCCAACAUCCUCGGCAUCAACCUCAACGUCCCCAUCGACCUCAGCCUGCUCCUCAACUACUGUGGCAAGAACGUCCCCAAGGAGUUCCAGUGCCCUUGAGCCCGUCACCCAUCGUCUCCGUCAUCUCUAUAUCCUUUCCGUUCAUGUGAAGGUCGUCAAGUAUGGUGUUCGACGCGCGUGUUAGUUAUCUCUCUAUUCUACGGGAGAAUUUGGUUUGCUUUCGAUGUUUCAAGAUAUAUGAUGGUGAGUAAGUGUUGGUGUAUUAAUGUACUUGUUAUUCUUUGUUAAUUCCAAGGUUGUGCAAUAAUAUAUUUGUUGGGACAAUGCGUCA